AGCACAGCUUUUUCGGGUCGGAGUGGCAGAAGCGGUGGUGUGUCCUCAACAGAAGGACCUUUUACUACUACGCCAAUGAGAAAAGCAAGCAACCUAAAGGCACCUUCCCCAUUGAGCACUACAGUGCCCAGCUGGCUUCCCACCUCCGCAAGGACUCUCGGAAAAGAUGCUGUUUUGAGUUAACCUGCCCUGGCAAACGCACCUACGAGUUCACAGCCCCAAGCCCAGCAGAGGCUGAAGACUGGGUGGAUCAGAUCCAGUUCCUCAUGAAGGAUCUGAGCUCCUUCACUAUCCCACACGAUGAGGAGGAUGAAGAGCUCUACAACGAUGUGGACAGUUCUGACUCUGUGAACACAACAUCCCACAAUACUACCCUGAAUCAGGAUGAGCCAAAUGUUGAGAUGGAAGAGGAUGACAUCUACGAGGUUUUGCCAG